CCACUGCUGAAAGAGAUUAUCUACAACAUGAAAAAUGCAAGCGGGGAAUCAUCACCUUCUCCAAGAUUCUAUAUGUACUCCGCUCAUGAUACGACAGUUGCAGCCUUCCUGAGCGCUAUGCAGGUGUUUGAUCUCCACCAGCCCAUGUAUCGUGCCCUGGUCAUGGUGGAGCUGCAUCACAUUAACGACCAACAUGUGGUCAAGAUUUUCUACAGGAAUGAGACCACUGCAGAUCCCUAUGAGCUUUCCCCGCCAGGCUGUAAGAAUCCUUGCACUCUGGACUCCUUUAUCGAGGCUACCAAGGCGACAGUCCCUGAGGACUGGGAGAAAGAGUGCCAAGCUCUGAAUUCCUCUGCUUCCCACAAGCUCUCUCCAGCUUCUUGGAUAGCCCUGGUCAUCGGCAUUUGCUUCUGUUCCAUCUUAUGCGUUGUACUUGUGGUGAUGGUUUUACGACUACGGACUAAAAGAAAUGCUACAUAUUCAAGACUUUAAUUUUUCUUCCAACUUAAUCUGUGUGUUAUAUAUGCAUUGCAUUUUUGCUUAAAAAAAAUUCAAGUGAAAUGUCUGUUAAUGAACUGUGUUGUUGAUUCUUAUGAUUUUUGUGUUCGUUUGUCAUGAGGAGUUGGUGGGUCUCUCCUGAUCUGACUUGAGUGUAGUACUUAUGUAGAGUGAAAGUAAUAUAUGUGUAGCUCUGGUAGAUGAAUUUUUUGAAUGAAUUGCUGCUGAUCUGAUGAAUGUUAUGACAAGACUUUUGUGUUCAUUUUAUGUUUGUCCUAUAUUGUCCUGAUGUUCUUUUGGCAAAAGGGGUUUCUGUAACGGCAGGUCAUCAUGCCAUUGGUCAACCUAUUAUGCGUUGGAGGUUGGCCUGUAAUCGGAGAUCCAACCUCAAGAAUAACCUGGGGGCUCUCGUGGUCUAGAGAUUACGGUGUUCGCCUCUCAUUCAAAAGGUCCUUGGAUCGAAACCUGACAGCGACGGAAAA